UCUGUCCAAUUUCGGUUCAUGCAAUCUGGGACUCGACGUACAAAAGCAAUUGAGAAAACAACGAUUUGUUGAUGCAUUUAUUUCAAUUGUAAAUCUACAGUAUUCUUUUAUUAAUAUAAUCAUGAACAAUCUACACAAUAGCAGUCUAAUUGCUGCUGCUAUUGGUGUAACUGUUGGUGUUGUAAGUGCAGCUGGUAUUUUUCUUUAUCAUAAAAUUUUAGAAAAUCAGCAACACACAACUGCAGUUUCUAAUUUAAAUUCUGCAAACAAAAGAAUUGCUGAAUUGCAAGCAGAAUUAGAAGCAUUAAGGUUGCAGCAGAGUCAACAGAAGAGGAAACGAAAAGUUUCAAGAAGAUUUACUUCUAAUGAUAGUACAUAUACUGCAACUGACAAUGAAACAGAUAUUGAUGCUUUUUCAAUAGCAGAUACAGACAUUGGAGAUGAUGAAUUUUAUGACUGUUCUGAUAGUGAAAGUACUGUUGGUGAAAAUUAUAUCAGGACCUCAGAGGACCUAAACCAAUUGGAUUUAAUCCUUGCGGACAUUGACAAGGAAACAAAUGGAGAUUUUAAUAUCCAGACUUAUAAUAAGUUACAGACAUUGGUAAAAUCUCAUCAAGAUGAUGUAAAUGUAAUAUGGAGGUUUGCAAGAGCUUGUUAUGAAUAUGCAGAGACUAUAGAUAAUUCAGAUCGUAGAAGAAUGAUAAUUGUUGAAGGAAUUCAACAUUGUGAAAAACUUAUUGACAUUCAAAACGCUGAUUUAUACAAGUGGUAUGCUAUACUAAUAGGCUUAAAUGGAGAUUACUUAUCAACAGCAGACAGAAUAAGAAAUGGUGUUCGUUUUAAGAAGUAUGUAGUAAUGGCUUUAGAAAUACAGCCUGAUGAUAACGAAUUACAUUACCUCCUAGGAAGAUUUAAGUUUGAAAUCGCAAAUUUAAGUUGGCUUGAAAAAAAGGUAGCAGCAACAUUAUUUGCUGAAUUUCGUGCUUCGCAUGAUGAAGCACUUGUUUGUUUUGAAACGGCAGUUAAACUUGGAAAUAAUACCCUGCAGACACAAUUGUACAUUAGUAAAUGUCACAUCGCUCUACAGCAAUAUUCAAACGCGAUUAAUUGCCUGGUCGAAAUCUUGAAUCAGCCGGUAUCGAUAACUGCAGAUGAAAAAGUACAUGCUGAAGCGAAAACUCUUCUAAAGAAUUAUUCGGGAUACUGUUGA